CAGCUGCAGCAUAACAGACGAGAAACCAUGGAGCGCAACAAGACGCGUUGGAGAGACUCACCAAGCGGACGGGAAAAGUAUGAGUUUCUGAUCAGUUUGUAAGUCACUUUCAGCGACAGUGGGCAGAUUUUCCUUCACCAGCAGGUGGACAUGGAGUUUUUCCAAGCGUGCGUAAACUGACAGGAGAGGUCUUUGAAAGAAAAUAGUCUUGGAGUGACCAGCAGCUACCAAAGGGAAGGAGGAGAAAAAAGCGCCCGAAGGAGAGACGAGUGCCCGUUGGAUAGAAAUGCUCUCUAUGUUCUUUUUCCCACACAUUUGAACAUUUGACGUUGUGGUUUUUUUGGGAAAUGUCGCUGGUGUGCGCUGCGUAAAACCCCGGACUGCUUUUAUGUCUCAUGCCAUUAGAAGGAACAGUUACUUUUCUUCAAGGAAACUGUGAGUGGAGCUGAGAUUUCAUAAAGAAGGAGGCACUGGGCUAAAACUGAGAACCAGUCACUGAACAGUUACGAGCCAUGGUGAAGUUUCAUAACUCGGACCUAUGGAUAGCCUGGAUGGUCAUUUUCUGCAUGGAGGGUUCAAGGUUUGAUCUACACACAGGGAAAGUGUGUGUGCAGGCGCUGGAUGUGACAGUGUCCCAGAGCAGUAUCCAGGUGGCCCGUGGCCAAGCAGCCGUCCUGCCCUGCUCCUUCACCACCAGCGCUGCCCUCAACAACCUCAACAUCAUCUGGAUGGUGAUACCACUGUCCAAUGCCAACCAGCCAGAACAGGCAAAGCAGGUGAUAAUAUACCAGGGCGGCCAGGUGUUCAGCCUCGCCAACCACCUCAAUGGUCGUGUGGGCUUCGUGGCCACAAUGCCAAGUACAAGUGCCUCCAUCUUCAUCAACAACACCCAGCUUUCUGACACGGGGACCUACCAGUGCCUGGUCAACAACCUCCCAGACAGAGGGGGGCGCAACAUCGGCGUCAUUGGGCUCACCGUGUUGGUGCCCCCCUCGGUGCCAGCAUGUCGAAUCCAGGGAACGCUGGAUGUAGGCAGUGACAUCAUGCUGAUCUGCAGCUCAGAGGAAGGUAUUCCCACACCGUCCUACUCCUGGGAGAAGCUGGACGCGCUGCCCAAGCUGCCACACAACGCCAUGCAAGACCAGAUGCAGGGCACUGUAACACUGAGAAACAUCAGCACCAGCACCUCAGGACUCUACCAGUGUACCUCCAGCAAUGCAAUUGGCAAGAGCACCUGUCUGCUCAACCUGCAGGUUGUAGCACCCCAGCCACAGAGUGUGGGUCUGAUAGCAGGGACCAUCGCUACGGGAGUCCUAGCCGUCAUCAUCUGUUCCCUGUUAGUGGUGGUCACACUCUUCUACUGGAAGAACAAAAACAAAUACGACGAGGAGGAGAUCCCCAAUGAGAUCAGAGAAGAUGACCUUCCUCCCAAGAGGUCAUCAUCAGUGAAGGCUUUCCAUGCAGACGCCUCAUCCUCAGAGAACGACACGCUGACGUCUACCAACACCUACAACAGCCGCUACUGGCACAACCCCAAACCCAACUAUGACACCAACUCCUAUACACGCUACAAUGGAGACACUCGCCAGACCUUCUCCACGGCUACUCAUGGUGCACACGGACAGGCUCAGAAUGCAGGACACGGCCACAGUACAGUGGUCACAGCACCCGGCUCAGCCCCACUGUCCCGCCACGCGCAGCCCACGACGGCAACAACGACAUCGUUUGCCAAUGGCAGCCACACGCUCCCACCACCCAAGACUCUGGUGGUCACCACAAACUCUGCCCCGUCCCCUCCCACCAUGGUGCGCAGCAACGGCUCUGUGAGCCUCAAACCGGUGGUGACGUCCACACACGGGCAGCACACGCACUCCUACGCGGUGAGCCAGGCCACGCUGGAGCGGAUGGGGGCGGUGCCUGUCAUGGUGCCUGCCCAGAGCAGAGCAGGCUCCCUGGUCUGAAAUCUGUUUUGGUAAACUGUUAGCUUUGACUAAAUGAGUGUUUGGUUGUGAAAUCCACUGAUGAUAUGGGCUGAAGCAGCCCACUGCCCUUUAUAACUGUGUCUUUCUGUUUGUCUCAACCUCUUUAUCUCAAAACAAACUGGGAUUUUACAGUGCAGAGUUCAUUUAAUGCCAAUUCCUUGAUGGAGGGACCCUCCAUUUUGUAGACAAACACCACUUGGAAUCUGAUCAUCCCCUUAUUGGAUGGAUUUUCCUGGUGGGUGUGGUGGGAACUAUUUUUCAACCACUUGGUUGGAGUGACAUUUCCUGCAGAACCUGGAUUCCCAGAUCUUUUUCAGGGCUGGAUCAUUGUGAUGAUUGUGUUUUUUUUUUUUUGGACUCAAAGCAACACGAGGCAUUUUCAUCUCAGUGUGUCCAUGCUGCAUGGUCAGACAGAAGCGAGCUCGGAUUCCCACAUAAAUGCACGUGUCCCUUGUUUUAGGAUAACAAAUGAAGUCCAUAUUAUUUCUAAUAAUUUCUUCUUACAGUUGUAUUUUUGAUUGACAGUAAUGAUAGUGACAAUGAGGGUUAAGCAAUGAAAAAGUGAAUGUUCAAACGUCUAUUUGGAGUAACCUAAAGGAUGAAAGUAUACGAAUGAAAUGAUAUUGGGUGAAAUGGCCUUAGAAGCUUAGAGAGAGGGGUUUCAUUUGGGUGCAAUACAUUGCAUAAAAUACUUUACUUCAUUGAAUGCAAACAUUUUAAUUAAGUUUUUGCACUUUUCAGAGCAAUUUUAUAUCAAAACUGCUGUCUUAUGAACAAUAAAACUUACUACUGAUAUGCUUUACCCAAAUCCACAUAAAUCAAAACUUUCCUGCACAUACAACAUAUUGGUGAUAUUUGAAGAUAGCACAAGUGCUGGAUUUUCAGAGAAAAACUGCACAACACUUUUCACAACAGAAAGCUAAUGUCCCCCUGAUUUCAACUUGAACCUGUUCGUCCUUGCUGUUGUCCUAAUCUGGUUCAUGUCACAUCAGUGCUGCUUUGAGAGAACGUGGAUAAGAGGAUGUCUUAUUUCAUAAAUGCUUUAUAAAGAGAAAAAUAUAUAUUUAAAGGUGAUUUGUUUUCCCUUAACAAAGGCCAACACCUACUGUUUUCUACUGUACAUAUUGUAACUACAACAGUAGGCUAGAUUGUGAAUCAAAGAAAACACAUUACAUGUCUGACUGAAACAUAUUUUACAACUUGUGUCUUAAUUUUAAAACAGUUCUUUUUGUUACAUUAGACAACAAGCUCGGUUUGAUAGACAGUGUUAUUGGUUUCAAUGAAGGGAUGCUUUUUUAUGUUUUCAUUUUCUAAUGAGAAUUGCCAUUUCAUCAUAAGGUCUGAGGUAAAUACAGAAUGUUUUAACAUUAAUGGUCAUAUGUUUUACUAUAAAUAAUAGACACCUAUGCUGUAUAUGGUAGAAAGUAUCACUGUGUUUCUGACCUACUGUAUUUAUAUUUUAACCAAAUCUCACCAGUGGAAAGUCACAUAACUGUCAGUGUUCCCAAAUUUAGCAAUCCUCAUUUCUUAUUGUGCAUUACCUGAAUGCACAAUACAAAUAAUUUCUUUGUAGCUAUGAUGCAAUAUUUGAUACAGCAAUCAUUUGUGUGUUACAUGCAGUAUUGGAAAGUAUGUUUUAUUAUUUAAAGCAAUUUCUCUUUGGGUCUAAUAUAUGAGUUUUAAUUCAAUGUUUGCUGUUUUGGCAUUUAAAGUCUUACUUAGAGAAAUGUAUGUGCUAACAUUACAGAAAGUGCUCCAACCUUAACAAAUACAAUCUAAUGACUUAUGGAGACCAUUUUCACUGACUUUUGACGGGACUUUGACUGGAAGGUGUUAGAUGCACUCAAAUACAGUUAAUUGAAUUAGAAGAAAACUUGGAGGGUUGGCAACUAGUCUUGAGUGGUAUUAGCUUAUUAUUUUAGACUGGAAACAUAAAUAAACAGAAUGCUCUUCAAUCCCAACAACUAUUUGGAUAUGAGCAAUAAAUAUUAGCCAAGUUAUUGAUGUCAUCCCUUAAUUCACACACGUGGAGUCUUAAAAUUAGACCUGAUGAGUACCAGUCACUGGCACAGUUUGUUGUCAAUGAUGUAGGCCCGCAGUUUACACAGACUUGGAUCAAACAGUAAUCCUGAAUUCUCCUGUUUUUUGCCUGGAAGUCAUGAUGGAAAUGGCUUGUAGUUUUAAAUCUCUAUCGUUUUAUUUAUCUACUAUUCUAUCAGUUACUACACUAUGUACCAGUCCAGAUCAAUCACAAACAUGUUUUUUCAUCAUUGUACAUUUGACCCCGGUCUGACCACAGCUAUACACCCACUUAGUGUUGUUGCAGACACAUUGAUCCAACAUGUUUUUUCAUUCUUUUUUGUCUCACGGCUGUCUGCUGUACAGCAGAGCUACAGUACUUUGGUUAAGUCCACCUGCAACACACACACACACACACACACACACACACACACACACACACACACACACACACAGACAUUGAUUUAUAAAUACAGUCUGACAGUGUUUUCAGAAUAAAGUCUUCUGUCUGUGUAGAUUUCACUCACCAUCUCUCCCAGUGUCCCUGCCCUGAACACUGGCUGACAACAUUUAAAUGAGAUCUCUGGCUUUAUUUUUCCCAGAGAUAAAUUCAGGCUGGAAAAGCUAAACUGAGAUUAUUUUACUCUAACUCUGCCCUCUGUUUGCAGGAGCAAUGGAGGAAAGAGAGCACAAUCAGUAGAAAACUACUGAGGUUUUAACCCAGAUUAAACAAACAUCUCAUCUUCUACCCUGGCCAUAGGUUGGUGUGUGGUACACAAGGUGGUAUAUGGGUUGUGUAUAUAGAUAAAUAAUGACAUGUGAUAUAUUGCCAAUAGUAAAACUAAUCUGUAAAUAUGUAUAAAAACACAUCUUGUUCUUACUGUUGGGUUGAAAUGAAAUAGGAAAAAUAACUGAAACUUGUAGUGAAUAAAUAUUGUUAAUACAUUGUA